CGGAAGUGUCUGACAAACAGCUGCAGCUAACAGCGGCUAACAGCUAACAGUGGACAGAAGGACAGGCAGACAGAUCUGUCUCUGUGGAUGGAAGUGUGUAGUCCAGCGAUGGGACCAGAGAGAAUCUUGCCAAGCUCUGAGGACGAGCUGGGGGAGGACGAGCGUCCUGUGGACGGAGCUGUGCUGCCAGCGGGAGCGGUGUGGGUUGGGGGUGAGGAGGGGGAAGAGCUGGAUGGAGAGGACGAGGAGGAGGUGAGCGGUGGGGGGUAUUAUUACCAGCCUCUAAACCAAGAUCCAGAGGGUCCAAACAGCAGCCAGCAGGACGAAGACGAGAACACGGGGGAGGUGUCCCACUCAGAGCAGCUGCAGCAUGUGCAGCACAGGAUACAGUUCAUGCGUCUGCACCUCCCUGAGGCGCCGCCUCCAGACAGCGAUGAGGAGGAGGACCCAGAGGGGGCAGCAGCCCAGAGGAGCCGAGCCUCCAUCCCCAUGGAUGCAGAUCACGUGGAGCUGGUAAAGAGGACGAUGGCCGGCGUGGCGCUGCCGUCUCUCAGCGUUCCGCCGUGGGCUCGGGAGAUUUCUGAGGACCAGUGGACGGACAUGGUCCAACACACGCUUCAGAACCGACAGAGUUCUGCCGAGCUGAGGCUGCCACGCUGGAGCAACGUCCAGGGACCAUGACUGCUCCAGGACCACAGAACUUAAAUACACCACAAACUUAGAUACUACAGUCCCUGAAUGCACCAUGACCACAUAAACAAUUAAUCAGCUAUCCUUUCAUAAUACCUACAGACACUGAACACAUCACAGGGUCACCUGUCCCUGAAUGUACCACGUCAGCUAAAACAUCAAUCUGAGCUGUCCUUACCGGCCCUGAACACACCGUCAGGUAACUCCUAUCCUGGGCUGUAGUUUGGACCAAUAAAAAUUAUUAAUCUGUAACCAUUAAAAGUGUUUGGUGCUAACUGGUCCGAGUCAUCAGAAGAUGUUGGUCUGAUGGAACUGUUCUCCCGGACCUGGUUCUAAUCUAAGUGUAGACAAACAGAACCUAAGGGACAAUCUGAAUGAGACAAAGGGACGAACGGGUCAGAUAGUUCUGGUUUUAUUGGUUCUGUACAGACAUGAACAUUUGUAUAAAAUCAUUCCAUGUGAUGCUCUGAUUAAACAUCUCUACACGA